AUCACGGUCGCCUUCAUUAUGGAUCAAGAUGAUUCUUUGGUCAGGCGUAGGCCUCGACGCAGCACAGCGGGCAACCGGAUGGAGGCGGCCUUGGCUGAGCUUGCUCUAGAAGAUGCAAAUCAAGAGGCAGAAGAGGACAAUGACUUUGUGAUCGAGAAGGAUGAGGAGGAUGUAUUUGGAUCCGACUUCGAAAGCACGGACGACGAAGCAAUCCAGGCUCUUGAUGGCGGAGAAUAUGCUGUUCAAUACGACGAACAGAAAGAGAGGAGGGUCGCCCGUUCACGAUUAGAAAGAGUGACCGCAGCUGCUCAUGCUCGUCAAAAGGUCACCUUCAACCCCAUGGCUUACGAGGAGACUCCAGCAACCGAAAAACUUUCUGCGCUAGAGAAACGAAAGCGUCGGGUCUCAUUAGGCGUAGCCGUUGAUGCAGAGACAGGAAAGGUUAUCAGGAACUCAAAGAGGCAAAGCCAACGAACGCAUACCGUGGCAAACACAUCUGCCACGUUCAACAGAAUGAUGGAUGCAGAAGAGAAAAAAUCCACCACUCCGAAGAAGGCCAAGGCUAAACUUCGCGCCUUAAACCAAGAGGAACUGAUAGCCCGUGCGCUUGACAUGGAGGAAGGUAACAUGAUCGAUCACAGGGAUUACCUUCGAAACGAGGAGGAGAAACGAAAACGUGCCCACGUUACCCGGACGGUCAUCGAGGGCCCUCUAUUGAGGUGGAUCAGCAAACGCGAAGAACUCGCUGUUAUUGUGGAUCCGCCGGCUGUAUCCAGUGACCCCGGCCAUCAUGCUAGCCAAGGGCAAACACUUGGCGACUCGUUGGAUUCCACGUUAAUUACUAACACGUCCCAUGCACCGUAUAGCUCUACAGGCCCAUCACAAUCUUCUGCAUCUCCCUUUCAACCGUCCAUAUCUCACGCAACCGCCCGUCCUGUAUCCCCUCUAGCCAGCUCAUCAUCUCACAGUAACCUUUCAAAGGUUGAGACGAAAGAAACAGUCGCAAAAAACUAUGUUAUACAUGAAAUACCGCGAUCUAAGGAUGGAUCGAAACCGUCGUGGAGGGAGACCAUGGCAGCAAUGUUUGGCGACACAGUCAAAUGGGAUGAAUUAAAAGUCUACACCAACAAAGGCCGACCUCUAUGCCGGCCCGUACAAAAUUGUCUUAUCACCGGCCUUCCAGCAAAGUAUCUCGACCCGCGAACCAAUGUACCUUAUGCAACUGUCGACGCAUAUAUCAUCCUCACGAAGAUUCUAAAUCAUGAGUUUGUAUGGAGCAGAACUCUUGGAUGUUAUGUGUCCAACGAGUUCACAAACCUCCAAGAUACUCGGCGGGAGAAGCGAAGACGUAUUGACUCGACCGAGAGUGCCAUGGACGUAGACGUUCAUUGAUAUCUCGUAUGCGUGUAGGGAAGCGCGUGUAUCAACGGAUACCUGUGUUCUAGUAUGCACUGUCGAGCUUGUAUCUGCGCAUUCAAAUUCAUUCAUUGGUGAGGUUUGCUUUAAUUGA